AUGGCUGUCAACGUGCGAUAUACCAGGUAUCUGGUAUUAGCACUGGUGGGCAUGACCUUCUUCUACCUCGUCUCUCGAACCAAUCUGCGACUUCCUAAUAGCGCUUCCUUCGCUCGGCCUGUCCAAUCCUACAACGAAUUCAAGGCCAACAAAAACGAAUACCCCGGUGCGAACGGCACUGAACGGGUGAAUGCCACCUUUGUGACCCUCGCCCGCAACUCUGACCUCUGGGACAUGGUCAAGUCGAUCCGAACCGUGGAGGACCGAUUCAACCGGGAAUACAACUACGAUUGGGUGUUUUUGAACGACAAAGAGUUCGAUGACGAUUUCAAAAAGCUGACCACCGCCCUCGUCUCCGGCACGACUCACUAUGGCUUGAUCCCCAAGGAGCACUGGUCGUAUCCCGAAUGGAUCGACGAGGACAAGGCCGCCGACGCCCGGGCCGAAAUGGAACGGAAGAAGAUCAUCUACGGUGGCUCCGAGAGCUAUCGUCACAUGUGCCGUUACGAAUCGGGUUUCUUCUUCCGCCACCCGUUGAUGAUGAACUACGAAUAUUACUGGCGCGUCGAGCCCAGCAUCGAACUGUUCUGCGACAUCCGCGCCGACCCUUUCCGCUUCAUGAAGGAAAACGACAAGAAGUACAGCUUUGUCAUCAGUCUGUACGAGUAUGAGGCGACGAUUCCUACACUUUGGAGUAGUGUCAAGAAGUUCAUGACGAACCACCCAGAGCAUAUCGCCGAAGACAACGCGAUGGAAUUCAUCAGUGAUAACGGUGGCGAGACCUACAACAAGUGUCAUUUCUGGUCAAAUUUUGAAAUCGGCAGCUUAGAAUGGUUGCGGUCGAAGCAAUAUAUCGACUAUUUCGAGUCCCUCGAUCAGGAUGGCGGCUUCUUCUAUGAACGAUGGGGCGAUGCACCAGUCCACUCAAUUGCGGCUGCGACCAUGCUGCGCAAGGACCAAAUCCAGUUCUUCCAUGACAUUGCCUACUACCACGUUCCGUUCACGCAUUGCCCCAAUGACGAGCAAACGAGGCUGGACCUUGCCUGCUCCUGCAAGCCGAAGGAUAACUUCGACUGGAGAGAUUACUCCUGCACAAACAAGUGGUUCAAGGUGAACCAUCUUUCAAAACCAGACGGCUGGGAUAAGAAAGAUUGA